AUGUCUUUUUCUGAUGUGUCAAUGUCAACCCCUGGCCCUAGUGCCCCUCCUGAGGACCUGGCCACAUUCAAUCCAGGAGUUCUAUUGAAUCUCCUGCAGCAACAGGUGAUUCAGCACCAGGACCUGAUGACUGCAAUUCAAGCUCAACAGCAACACCAACAAGUUCUAAUGGAAACAUUUCAGAUCCAUCUUCAGAAUGUUGCUGCUGCUCCCAAUCCUGCUCCUGCUCUGGCCCCUGCUUCCAUAAUUACAGUGAUAGCUAAUCCUACUGCAAAGUUUCCCGACCCUAUGGCCUUCACAGGCAAACCCUCUGGUGUCCGAGCUUAUAUUGCUGAGAUUGAGUCCUGA